AUGUAUGGCAGACGACAUUCAGGUGUGGAUAUUAUCAUACCCCCUAGCAAGGUUUGCAUGCCAACUAGACUUACAUGUAGAUUGUUGAAGAAGGAGAAAAUACCAGCUCCACCACAGUUGAAUGAAGAGGAUGCUUUUGCUAGCAGAUUUCUUCAAUUAGGACCAGUGGGGAUCGAAUUUAUUGGGCCGGUCCUCAUUGAGUUGCCUCAUUUUGCCUCCCGUCUAAACACAGAAAGAGAAUUAGUGAUCAUGAAAAGUGACGACGGAAAGAUCUGGAAUGAACACAAAUCUGAAGUUCCCAGUGAAUCUUUUGAGAAAUUCAUCAAUGAAACGGACAAAGAUAACUUUUCAGAUAGAAAACAGACAGCUAAGAUAUACACAACGACUUUUCCUAAAUAUUUUGUGGCCAUAACUAGAGUUAAACAGGCUUCCAAACAGUUGAACAAGCCAGGUGGUAAUUUACACUGUUCCACUGCAAAUAUCGAGGUACCGAAUGGUUCCGUCAACAAAGAUACCAAAAUCACUUUGGAGGAAUGUAUUUAG